GAGCAGGAGCAGGACCCGAGGUGAAAUGAACACGACAUUUUAAUCAAUGUAGUUGAGUGGAGGACUCACUGAUUGAAAUUAUCUACGACUCUACUUUUGGCCCCUCGUCGUGGUCUCAUUUCUGGUUUUUAGAAAUCCCCAGCAACGCCAAAAUGACAUCAACCACAACGACAAAAGCGCUCAAACCUCUUGAGCACUCUGUUGUGCCAGGACUGGCAGAGCACGUCGCUGGGCGCACCUAUGAGCAGGAGUUCGAACUCAAAAAGCAGUUUGUACAGGAGUACUUUCGAGAGGAACUUCUUGAUGGUACAGCUACAACAACUACAGCCAUAGCGGAACUGAAUGGUACAGUUUCUAAUGGGACAGCUUUCACGACACCUUCUUCUUCUACACCUUCGACACGUUCCACACCUUCGACACGUUCAAUCCCAAUAUGGGAAUUCCGAUCUCCAGAACGACAUUUCCGUUUUCGGACUCGCAUCUCCGUUCUGCACAAUGCGAAGAAGUACUGGGAAGAUCCACUGGCGAAGAAGUGGCUGCAAGCGGUUAAAGAGGAGGAUGCAGAAAGGAGAGGGAGAGUGGAAAAAGAGAUGGCGACCCAGGAGAACUGUGAGUUGCACUCCAAUCUUCUGGGUAUUGCGAACAGCCUUUUCAUUCUGUUUCAAGAUGUUGAAGAGCAUGUACAUGAAGACGUAGAAGCAAUGGCGAACACGACCUCCAGAAGUAGAAUCCUUCUCCGUUCUUGCCAGCCAGAACGCAUGCCUCUAGAAACCUUGUCACAAGGAAUAUUGGAACUGUUGAGAGACGAUGAGUUUUUGAACGGGCCUGUGCGUGAACUCAUGCGGAAGUCAACGUCUUCUUUUGGCUUUUCAGGGAUGAAACUGCACUCAACUAUGGUGCUCGAACGGGAAUUGAAAGCUCGUAGUCAAAGUGAACAGGGAGCAGCAGGUCAAGAAGCGGAAGCUCGACAAGGACAUUCAUCCACUUCAACAUCGGUGGGGUCUACUGUCUUACCACCACAAGGCUUGACCUGUCAGUUCAUAUUCAGUGACCCAAACUUGUAUGAAGACGAAAAAGUUGUGAAUUUACCGAACAUGGUACGUCAAUGGCCCUGGGUACGCUUCGUUGCGGCAGCAAAAGGGUGCGCAAAGAUGGCUGAGAUGAAGAUAGCAGAGACGCCUUCUGAUACUUGUUCUACCUGUACUUUCAGCACUAGCAGCCCCUCCAGCUUUACUUCCUGCUCAAGUGAUCAUCAUACACCUUCAACUGCUAGUAGUACUGUAAUCCAGCGUUGCACCAUCGACGAAAUGUUAGAAAUUUCGGGCCUACAGUGCAAUUAUCGCCAAGUCUUUGGGUCCUUUUCAAACCCGAAUCCUUAUAUUGCCUGUGCAACGGGAGAGUGGCUGCGAAGGGUUAUCAACAGUACAGAUAUGUGCGCGAAACAAGCCAAGAAGAAGAACACUCCUAACACUCCUCCAAGAACAACUCCGAGUAGUAGUAGUACAACCAGACGCGGAAACCUUUUAGAAUUAUACUGCGGUGUAGGUAGCCACACUGUCGUCCUCGGAGGGGGAGACCUUUUCGACAACAUAGUAGCAGUGGAACUAGAUCCUAAUUUGCACAAAAUGUUGUGCCAGAAUGUUGGGCGAAAUAGCGAUCGCUUGAAGCUAGCGGACGGACCACUCGCAGACGAAGUAAGGAUUGCAGAGAACGCUUACGCUACUGGUACUACUGGAGGAAAGUCGUCUCUGACUGCCGCAGCUGUUCACCACAACGAUACAGCAAGUACAACAGGCACAGGAAUCAGGGAGAAAAGAUUUGAAGACGGAAUCUACUAUGUAGAACAAGGUGGAAAGGCAACCAUUGACGAGGCAGAGGCAACUGCAGGAGAUGAAGCAACAACGACCAAAAUCGAACCAUCGCGUCCUGAUAGUGCCAGAACGACAGCCUCUAGUGGUUCUACGCCGUCCUCCAGUUCACGCUCAGACUCCGACUCCCCUGGUGCUCAUAGCCAAAAAACAGCAAGCGACACAAGAACCACCGUUCACGCGAUUCGUGCUGCUUCUGCGAAGUUUGCACGAUCGGUAAUGAAAACCAAAUGCUAUAAAGUCAAAGACACGACUAUCCCUCUAGACUACCUCCUAGUCGACCCUCCCAGAGAAGGGUUAGACGAAAUCACGCUAAAACUAGCAGCCCAAUUCGAUCACAUCUUGUACAUUAGCUGCUCUCCGACUAGUCUUAGACGCGAUCUAGAUCGCUUGAAAUCUACUCAUGUAGCAUUUGAGUGGAGUAUUUUGGAUCAUUUUCCUUUUACAGCGCACAUAGAGAAUGGAGUCCAUCUGGUCAGGAGAAGACAAGAAGAGGUGGUGAAUUGACGACACUGCUAUGCUUUGCGCGGCUACCCUAAUAUUUCAAAAUGUAGUUGAAAGAACGCUAAAUGAAAU